AUUAAAAAUAAUGCGCAAAAGCAAUUUAUUAAAAUCAUUGUUCAACAAACAAAUUAGAUAGUUUGCAUCAGAGAAGUUUGUGACAUUUAAUUAUAAAGACCCUUUAAACUUGGAAAGUUAAUUAACAAGUGAGGAAAAGUUGGUAAAGAAUUUAGUAAUUUUUAAAAGAUUAGAGAUUAAGCAUCAAAUUAUGCAUAAUCAUAAUUAUAACCAAGAAUCAGAGAGGCUUUCAGUAAGGAGCACUUUGAUCCAGAAAUAUAUAAAGAGAUGGGAAAAUUAGGAUUUUUAGGAUGUACAAUUUCAGAAUAUGACCUUUCUGGAGUUUCUUAUACAGCAUAUGGUUUGAUAAAUAAAGAAAUUGAACGUGUAGAUUCUGGAUACAGAUCUGCUUUAUCAGUAUAAAGUUCUUUGGUGAUACAUCCAAUCUAUUAAUUUGGAUCAAAAGAAUUGAAAGAUAAAUACAUUCCUAAAUUAGCUAGUGGUGAAUAUGUAGGUGCUUUUGGUUUGACAGAACCUGAUCAUGGUAUCAUAUAUAGAUAAUAUAAAAAUAUAGGUUCUGAUCCUGGGUCAAUGAAAUCUCAUGCUAAGAAAAAAGACAAUUAUUAUAUAUUGAAUGGUACUAAGAGUUGGAUUACAAAUUCUCCAAUAGCUGAUGUAUUUGUAGUUUGGGCAAAAGAUGAAAAAGGUGACAUAAGAGGAUUUGUAUUAGAAAAAGGAAUGAAAGGUCUUUCUACUCCAAAAAUAGAGGGAAAAUUAUCUUUAAGAUCUUCUAUAACAGGAUAGAUUAUAAUGGAUAAUGUUAAAGUGCCAUAAGAAAAUAUGUUUACUACUGUAAAAGGUUUAAAAGGUCCUUUUUCAUGUUUGAACAAUGCAAGAUUUGGAAUUGCUUGGGGAACUUUAGGAGCUGCUGAAUUUUGUUUUCAUCAUACUCGUUAAUAUGCUUUAGAUAGAAAACAAUUUGAUGCUAAUUUAGCAUCUUUCUAAUUGAUUUAAAAGAAAUUUGCUGAAAUGGUUACUGAUAUUGCAUUAGCUUAAUAAGCAGUAUUAUAAGUGAGUAGACUUAAAGAAAGUGAUCAAUUAGCUACAGAAUAGGUUUCAUUAAUUAAAAGAAAUUCAUGUGGUAAUUAUAAAUAACUUAAUUUAUUAGCAAUUGCAUUAAAGAUUGCUCGAGAAUGUAGAGAUAUUAUGGGUGGAAAUGGAAUCAGUGAUGAAUAUCAAGUGAUAAGACAUAUGGUUAAUCUUGAGACAGUUAAUACUUAUGAAGGAGCAUCAGAUAUCCAUGCUCUUAUUUUAGCAAGAGCAAUAACAGGAAUUUAGGCUUUUAGUAGAGCAUUGUGAGUAGU